AUGACUAUCUCUGUGUGGAUUAUGUUCCCGGAGACCAUUGUUAUCUCUGAACGGAUUAUAUUCCCAGAGGCUAUCGUUAUCUUCUAUAAGGACUAUGAUCCUUGGAAGUAUCCUGAAUUGAAUGGCCUGAGGAGAACCUACAUUGAGUCAGACAUUCCGUUCCCUGAAGGUUACAACGUCAGACGUGACGUUGAUGAAAUUGAGGAAGAAGAGGCCCCUAAGGCCCCAAAGAAGAAGACCACGAAGGCAACCCCUUCAAAAUCUGCAACCACUUCCUCCCAUACCCAGGAAAGAAAAAUCGUUCCCCCUCCUACAAAAGUAAAGAAGGAAGCCCCUGUUGCUACUGAGAGCAAGCAGUGCAAGAAGAAAUCUCCUGCCAAAGCACCACCAAGAAAGGGGAAACGUUCCAGUCAGAGGCCGAAGAGAUCCUUCCGCAGCACAAAAGGGACAGAGGGAGUAUCCUAUGAGAAACCUAUCACCCUCUCUGAGAAGGAGGAAGACAGUGAGGACAACGAGCCUAUUGCAAAGAGGCUGAAGAAAGGAGGAACAUCAAAACCUACACCAACUAUAAGAGAGACGUCCCCAAGUAGUUCUGCUACAUCUGAGUCUUCUGACGUUCCGUCCCCUCCUACAUCACUUGUUCACUCUUCACCACCACCAAGACCACAACAACCCUUUCCUAAGCAACAACAAGGAUAUGUGAUUAAAGAAACAGAAGUAGCACUUGCUGCAGAAGAACAAGUGGCUGAGCAAGAGGCUCAGCCACAGAAAAAGACUGACAAAGGGAAGGGGAUUCUUGUUGAAUCCCCUAAAAAGAAAAAGCCAAAUGCUCCCAGACAAAUCACUGGGGACGAGGCCCUUGCUAGGGCUCUAGCAGAAAAGGAGGGCUUAGAAGUCCCUCCACUGAUGGAGGAACAAACUACAACAGCCCCUUCUACUUCAAAAACAAAGGAUGCUGUGAUCAGGCAAGCACCUGAGGAACCUCCAGCUUCUGGUUCUCAACACAACAACCAGAAGAAGAAAAAGAAGCCAGCCUCCCCCAUUCCAGCAAUCCCUCUUACAUCAAGAAGAAAAUCUCAAAUAAGGAUUGCUGAGAUUUUUGAAAUGAUGGGGAAGAAAAUAAAGAAGCUUCUACCUGAAGCACCAUCCGUUCCUCAGCUGGACAUGACCAGCACUACUGAAGAGUUGAAAGCUUUGAAGAAUGGAUUAGAGCAACUCUCAUCUGCCUUCAUCAAAUUUUAG